AUGACUAAGACUCUUCAGAAAAUUCAGAUUAGUGCAUCUUCUUUUAAUUGUUCAUUGCCGCCAACCUUUGCUAAUUUUGAUGUCAACUCCUGUUGCCGUUUGCCUGAAAUCAAUCUCGGCAGCGCACCUGAUAAAUGUGAAAAACAAAUAACUGCACAACUAACGAGUGAGGAAAAAUAUCCUGCAUAUGCACAUGUGUGCUUUCCCGAGUGUAUCUACUCUGAGACUGGCUCUUUAGUGAAUGGCGACUUUGAUAUGCAAAAUGUCAAAAACUUUUUGCAGAAUAAUGUACAUCGACGUGAUAAGGACAUUGUGCCACAUAUCGUUCGCUCCUUUGAGACAUGCUUAUCGAAUAUUCAAUCUCAUAUGCAUGCUGCGGGCAUAAAAAUGUAUCCAAGAUUAAAAGAAGGUUGCACUCCAUAUGCCAGCAUGGUUUAUGGUUGCGUUAAUGCAGAAACAUUCCUUAAUUGUCCAGCAAAAAUGUGGAGGAAUGAAAGAAAUUGUAAUCUGGCAAAAAGUUUUGCUCUACAAUGCAAUCCACUCCCACAUGUGCCACUACCUUUGAUAUAAAUGAAGAUCUGAAACGUUUCAAAACAAAUCCGAGUGCAAUUGAUAUGGAAGAUGAGUUUUACUCUGAUGACUUCGAUAUGUAUGCAAGUG